GUGAUUUGACGUCCAUGUGCAAUAUUCUGGGCUUGGAUUACGCCGGUACCAAGGAAGAGUUGCGACAGAAAAUUAUACGGGCGCUAAUGGACAUUCAAUCGUUAACAUUACAAGAGGACGACGAUGAUGCUGAAGCCGAAGAUGAAUUUGACGAACCAGAAGCACCAGAAGAGCCGCAACAACGACAACAAGUAAGAGUCGAGCGAAUUGGUAACGUAGGCAGUCUACGAACGAACGAUGAUCUUUCUUCGCUUAGCGGCAAUGAUUCCGAGGGCAGUGACCAAAACAUACCGAGACAUAGAGGGCAAAAUAGCUCAAGGAUCACUUUUAACUUUAAAGAUGUACAAAAGUUAGUGUUCGCCCGCAAGUCUCUCAAGGGUGUUGCUAAAGUAUUUGUUCGUGGGCUGAGUAUCACGCAGUCCUGGGAAAAAUUGAAAGCUGCGUUAAAAGAGGAAUUCAGUCGCAAAGUGAGUAGUGCCGAUAUACACCGGAAACUGGCCAAAAGGAAAUUAAAGAAAGAUGAGAAUCUCCAAGAAUAUUAUCUGGCCAUGAGGGAAUUGGCUUCUCAAGGAAAUAUCGAUGUCGAGUCAGUUAUCCAGUACAUUGUCGAUGGUAUCCCGGAGAAUAGCAGCAAAGUAGUGUUGUACGGGGCUCGAGACUAUAACGAAUUUAGAGCUCGCCUGCGUACGUACGAAAGAAUACAGGAACGAGGUGCCAUCAGCAGCAGAAGCAAUCAAAAGAAGGAAUUAGCAGCGAUAAUGGAUACAAAAAGGAGCGAAAUUCAAUCUUAUUACAGAGACAAGACCAUUUUUGUCACCGGCGCUUCCGGCUUUAUGGGCAAAGUCCUAUUGGAAAAGCUGCUGUACUGUUGCUCAGAAAUCGACAAAAUUUACAUCCUUAUACGGAGCAAAAAAGGUCACAACAUCGAUAUUCGACUCAGCAACAUAUUCGAUUUACCUGUAAGAUAUUGUGGAAAUCCCGUUAACUCUUUUUUAUCUAAUGUCGCGUAACAAAAUAUCAUGAUAUGUAUUUCGAAUAUUUGCAAAUGUUGCAAUAUAUUUGUACCUUUA